AUCCGACACCUGCAGGAGGAGAUAGAGAGGGAGAAAGGUGAACCUUUCAACCCAGCAGGUCUCUUCAACAAUGCUGUGUCCAACAUCAUUUGCCAGCUGGUGAUGGGGAAACGGUUUGACUACAGCGACCACAACUUCCAGACCAUGCUGAAGUAUCUGUCUGAAGCUAUUCAACUGGAGGGCUCUGUAUGGGGUUCUCUGUAUGAGGCCUUUCCUGGAGUGAUGAAGCACUUGCCAGGUCCUCACAACAAAAUGUUCAGCCACUACAACACAAUCCUAGACUUCAUUAGUCAGGAGGUAAAGAACCAUAAGAAGGACCUGGACCACAGCAGUCCUCGGGACUACAUUGAUGCUUUCAUCAUUGAAAUGGAGAAGCAGAAAGAGUCUGAUCUGGGCUUCACUGAGGACAAUCUGGCUCUGUGCUCUCUGGAUCUGUUUUUGGCUGGAACGGAAACAACCUCCACCACUUUGCUGUGGGCUUUGGUUUACCUCAUCAAAAACCCGGAUAUUCAGGACAAAGUCCAAGCAGAGAUAGACAGAGUUAUCGGACAGACCCGACAGCCCAGCAUGGCAGACAGACUCAACCUGCCGUACACCGAUGCUGUUAUUCACGAAGUCCAGAGGAUCGGAAACAUCGUUCCUCUUAAUGGACUCAGAAAGGCUGCCAAGGAUACAACUCUGGGUGGUUACUUCAUACCCAAGGGUACGUCCUUGAUGCCCAACCUGACCUCUGUGUUGUUUGACAAGACUGAAUGGGAGUCUCCAGAGACCUUUAACCCUGGACACUUCCUCGAUGCUGAGGGAAAGUUU